AUGGCGACGUUCUUUGGAGAAAUAUUGCCCGUCUCAUCAAGAGCAGUGGAUGAUGACGAUGACGAUGAAGAUCUGGAACCUUUAGACUGUGAUUUAUGGAUGAGAUGGUCAGAAAAGGCCCAGACAGAUAUGAAGACAGCAGAUGAGGGGAAACUGCCGUGUGAUACACUAAUUGUGGCAAUAGGCCCAGCUGCUACAGGUUUUGUGAGGGCCUACAUCCUGCACCAAGAGUUUGAGUUGAUUGGUGGAAUUUUUGGUGGAAUGAAGGAGCAUGACUUUAACACAUUUCAACAGACAUCACCGACAGAUAAGACUUGUUACCUAUACAGGAGUACUCAGAAUCCACUGAUCAUGGUCUGUCAAUGUAAUGUUGACAUCACACCUGAACAAUCAUAUUCUUUUGUAACCAAGUUGUUUGCUGGGAUAUGUCUCAGUAAGACUUACAUUUCUAUACUGUGUUCAUGUUCCACCAGUGAUUAUAGAAGUGACAUUCCUAUUUUGGACAUGCAGCCUCCUUUCCUCCGAGCCUUAAAAUCAGUCAAGUUUGCUGGAACACCACUUUGUCCAUAUGUUGAACAGCCAAAUGUAAUUGCUGGUUUACCAGCCCAGUUGUUGAGUAGCUGUCAGAUCCAUGGAUACAGAGCUGUCCUCUACUGCUGUUACACAGAUACUAUCUAUCUAUCCUCUGCCAUGAUGAAGACUUUCCUACCUUUACUUAACUCAACACCAAUCAAAGAUGUAAUACAGAAAAAUCCACAUGCUGAAGACGAGUUAAAAAAGAUAGUGUCCCUUCAUACUAGUCAUAAUACUUUGUAUCUCUGAAUUAGUUUUGCUUGCGGGUCAACAUCACACAAGAGCUACUAAACACUGAUCAGAGGACACUGCACUGCAAUAUGAUGUCACCUAAGUGGUUACCUGUAAGGAGAGUAAAUAGACAUCAACGAUUUGUGAGGUGUUCCCUAUCGUCCUCACCAUCGGUUAUCAGAGUAUCUGCCUUUUAAAUCAGGAUGCUAACACUAGAUAAUUCUGGGCAAUGGUUGGACUCUAAAUUCCAAUGCUGUUAUGGACAAAUGUGUCCAUUCCAACAGAUUCCCUUGUGAAUGGAUGUACUGUUCAACCCCACAAACUGAAAAGGUCACUGAACAUAUUAAAUGGCAUACUCUCCCUACAAUGGAUUAAUGUAUAAUGUCUGUAAUGAAGCUAGAUCUCACAGAGGCUUCAAGGUAAAGGAACUCUGUAUUUAUUGAAAAAAUGUACAAAUAAACAUAUGAAUAUAUAGGAGCUGAGUAAGAAACAGCCUGCUUGUUUUACUUUCAUACCAAAGGUUGUCCAGAAUAUACGGUAACUGCCCAAUUAUUUCACAUAGAUCACCACACUUGUGUCUUUUGAUGAAUUUUGUCACACACUGUAGAAUUUUGUCCCUUUGAACAACAAUUUUAUAUAUAAAUCCAAGCAUUUCCUGUCACUUUGCCCAUAAACUCUGCAGUACAUAUAAACAUGUGAGGAAAAUAUUUGUGAAACGCCCCCUUUUUACACCUACAAUUUGUCAGCAAGUACGUCAGUGUCUGUGUAUGUUUUAUUACAUCACAUAUAAUCAUGUCAUUUAGUCACAGUGUAGUCAAUAAUUGUAAUAAAGCCCAAUGACCCUUUAUAGCCCCUCCCUUUGUACUAAGAGAAAUAACUUUUAACGUUAUUGAUAAAUG